GUGCUGCUCGGUUGAAGCGGAGCAUCCUCCUCUGCUGCAGCCCGAUUGGUCGCUCGGAGCCUCCACCGGCUUCUCAUUGGUCGCACCUGCCGGGGUCCUGACGCUGGAGUAGGCUGCAUCAGAUAGUGUCCAAUAAUCCAGUAAUAACAAAACACCGACGCGUCUGACUGACAGACAGCAGCUCAGCCUCAAAAAAAAAAAAAAGAGACACAUCAGAGCAGCUUCAGUCUGUUUGACAAAGUCACCUGGAAAAAAAUCCUGUUUUUUUUGUUUUAGUCCAGCUUGCAAUGCGUCGUUUCGGCCGCUUUCACUGACACUAGUGAGUUCCCAGCCUCUGUGGUCCCCACCUGCCCGUCAGCUGCCAUCCUAAAAGGCUCCGACAUGCUGCGAGAGAGCUCCAAGGCGUGGAGCAACGGCUCCGAGGCCUACAGCAGCGAUCCCGAGGAGGAUGAGGAGGAGGAAGAGGACAUGGUGUUUGGGGAGACGGACCAGGACGGCAUGGCGGAGGAGAUGAUGGAUCUGAGCGACCUCCCCACGGCGCUCUUUGCGUGCAGCGUCCAUGAAACCGUGUUCGAAGACGACGUACACAGGGAGAGGUUCGAGGCGUUGUUUAGGAGCUACGAUGAACAGACGACUUUCCAGAUGUUCAAAAGCUUCCGGAGAGUCCGGAUCAACUUCAGCACCCCAGAGGCCGCUGCCCGCGCUCGCAUCGAGCUGCACGAGACCGAGUUCAGCGGCAAGAAGCUCAAACUCUACUUUGCCCAAGUCCAGAAUGGCGACGAGGACAUUGACAAGUCGUACCUGGCCCCUCCCCAGCCCACCAAACAGUUUCUGAUCUCACCGCCCGCCUCGCCACCCGUGGGCUGGAGCCAGAGCGAAGACGCUACGCCCGUCAUCAACUACGACCUGCUGUGUGCAGUAGCCAAGCUCGGACCUGGUGAAAAGUACGAGCUCCACGCGGGCACAGAGUCCACCCCCAGCGUGGUCGUCCACGUGUGCGAGAGCGAUGCGGAGGAGGACGAGGCGGCGCGGCCAAAGCAGCAGAUCGUCCAGACCAGACGUCCCGAGGGACCCCCCAAAGUCUUCAACUAGAGAGGCCUCCCCCACCGACACCGGCGCGGCCCCCCUGACCGCCCCUUAAAAAACCCGCAACACACCUGCCCUCUCUCUCUCGUCUCUGCACUCACGGAGAGCGUCGAUGCCCCUCAUUUCAGUUCAACUACAAGCAAAAACAAACCAACAAACAUUGCUCGAAGAUGGCGUUUGUGGGGAGCGCGGCGAUGGAAUGAGGCGGCUUGAAGGGGAUGGAUGAGAUUCACACACACACUCAUCACAUUCUGCGGACAGCGUGGGGAGCAGCGGGCACGCUUUGCCUCCACCCCACCGACCCCCCCCCUCCUCGUUUUCAGCAAGAGGGGGGGGGGGGGGAUACCUGUCCCAACGCAGGCACCUGUCACUUAUCACACACACUCAGCUCUCAUUGCUAGUCCUGCUCUGUAGCUUGCUAGUCAGUUAGCUUGUUAGCUUGUACCUCUCCCUUCGUCUCACAGUCGUGUGUACAAUAAUCUUUGGUUAAACAAAGACAUUUUUCUUCUUCUUUUUUUUUACAAUAAAUUGUGUUUUCAGAUUAUAUAUAGAUAUAUAUGUCUAUUUUUUCUUCUUUUUCAUCCAUUUUCAUAUCUGCUGGUUUGUCGCUUCAGCUUGCAUCAAGAUUGAGUGUGUGAUGUUCCCACUCUUGUCUGCAUGUAUAUACUGUAUUACAAAAAAGAUACGUACAGAAACACAAAUACUAACAAGAUAUAUCAAGAAAAAGGAACCUAUUUAACAUCACACACAGCACGAAGCGUCAUAGUGACUAACAAAGUUGUGGUGGCUGUUUUUUCUUUUUUUCUUUUUUCGCUCGUUUUCGCUUUUUGUCUUUUUUUUUAUUUGGAGAGGUGUUGUUUUUUGCUGAACUACUAGGUGUGUAUUCUUACAAUGUAUUUGAUACCCCGACACUUUUUUGCAUGCUUAGUUACUUCUGUAGAUGAUGAGCUGAGGUGUUUUUUAAUUGUUGUUCGUGAUGACAGGGGAAACAGUGUGACGCUUUUUGACGCAUAUCCCCGCGCAGAAUUUAAAGUGACGUCUUAGGGGGAUAAAAAGAAGCUGAAUGGGGUUUUUUUUUCCGUAAGAUUGACAGUUCAGUCUUCAACUUGAUGGCAAAUUUGCCAUUUGUCGCUUUUGUUGGGAUUCGACGGAUCAGAGACAGUUCAUCCCCCUCAUUUUUCUUCAAGGGGUUCGGGGAUGUGGAUUUUUUUUUUUUGUUUUUCUGAUUCUGUUUGUUGUAAUUCACAUCUCUAAUGUCUUGUUUGAUCAAACCCACUUUCUACGUGUCAGGCUUUCUUCUGAAACCUACGACUGCUUGUUUUGCACUGAGUAUCUCUCGAUAUCUCCGAGCAGUUGCGGAGCUCUCGACCGUCAGAAUACUGCGCUGCUUCUCGCUGUAAAUAGCCGAGCGGUAGAUUUGUGGAAAUAGUCCUUUUAGAUUUUGUAGUUUUUGCUGAGAAAAGGGAAAAUUAGGUAGCCUCAUGAGAUAUCAACCAAAGCAUUCACUCACCCAUGUUGUCAUGAUAACAUACAUUUUUCUCACUCAGAGACACUGAUGUUAAAGUGAAGAAAGGAAUCAUAUUUUCCCAACUUUUUAUUGCAUUAUUUUUAAUUUUAUAUAAGCACAUAUUCUUUUUUUUCAUCUAGUUCAGUGGAACAAAUCUCGACUUAAAAAAAAUCAUAAAUAUUUUUCCCUUUUUUUUUUAUUAAUUCUCCCCACAUCCUGUAUCAUAUCAGUGUUUCACCUCCUCAGUUAUUUAAUGAAAUCUUUCAGCGCUUUAGAAAGCAGCAUGAACAAAUGUUCCUAACAGGGCUUUUUGGGUGUCAGCGGUGAGUCUAAACCUUAUUUGUCAUUUGGCAGCAUGAAAUCUAAAAAUACCUUUUUGCUAUAUAACAAUAUUAGUACGCAAAAGACAAGUCCGUCUGCAUGUGAGCACUUUAUCGUCAGUGUUUUGUUUGUUUCCUUCACAUAAAAUAGUCCUUCUUGAGACAAAGUAGGAAGCACAUUACAUUUCUUCUCUGUUUCUUUAUUGUGUUUUUCUUUUCUUUUAUCUCAAGCUGAACACCUGGUUAGCCUUUUCACCAGCAUAUUGCAGUGAGUGAAACACUCCACUUCCUUUUUGCUAGUGUGAACCUUGAAGAAUUUCAGGCCUUUUUUUGGAUCUAUGGGAGUGUACCACUUGUAAAGGUGUAGACAUGCAGUGCAGUUAUAGGUUUUAAAUGAGGCAGGAUGACACUGCAGAGCAAAAUCAAUGUCUUUGUUUUUCGUGUUUGUCCGCAAGAAACAUUCAUCUUAUCUGCUGAGAAAGUUCUUAGAAAUGUUGGCAGAGUGCAGUUUUAUUGGCACUACAGUAUAGCUGUCGCGGUUAUCUAAGCAGACAGAAGAUUGGUGGCAUUUAUUAUGAUAAAGACGAAGCGGCAGAGCAGGAGGAAGACACUCGUGACGAUUUUUUUACUCUCUGUGGUCAUGGUGUUUAAAACCGGGUGCAUUUUGGUCACAGUUGAAAUGAAAAUGUAUAUUUAUGUACAUAUGCCAAGUGUUUUUGUUUCGUUGCUGAGGCCAGUCCCAGUGUGCAGUUUGUUACAGCUUCUCUUGGCAAUGUUGUAAUGGAGAAAAAAAAAAAAUACAAAAAUGUGUAACAAUAAGUCCUGAAGAUGCUCGAUCAAAAACCAACUGUCAUUGUGUUGUGUUCGACAUGGACUCUGUUUGAAUGUUUCUUUUAUUUCUGGGGAACGUCUACUAAAAAGGUCAAUAAUACCGUUUGUCACUGUUGUACUGUUUCUGUUGGAAUAUGAAUAUUGUGUCUUGUAUUGUAGGAAUCCAGAAAAACAAAGUAGCAAAACAAGCAAUAAUUUACAGUUCUAUAAUACCGGUAUGUGUAUUUUCAUGUUCUGUACUUAUUUCUCAGAGAUGGUCUCUGUCUCUUACAGUAUCCGCUUCUAUUUGUGUAGUAUAAUAGCCAUUUGUUUCACAUAGAGAAAUACAUAAAGACUUAUUCUUAAAAGC